UCUGGGGUGGGAGAGGCUGUGGGGAGACAAAGGCCUGACUGUCUUUACAGAGGAAAUUUUCUAGUUCUUCUCUGCCCUGAGUUUUCCCAGGCAUGCAGGCAACAAGCUUAUUAAUUUUGGUGGGAUUUAUAGCAGAGUUUCAAAUCUUCUCAAAAGCAUCUUCUCCAGUCAACUGCCAGUGGGACGCCUAUGGCCCUUGGUCAGAAUGCAAUGGCUGUACCAAGACUCAGACUCGAUGGCGUUCGGUGGCUGUUUACGGGCAAUAUGGAGGCCAUCCGUGUGUGGGAAGUGCUUUCGAAACCCAAUCCUGCAACCCCGAACGAGGCUGUCCAACCGAAGAGGGCUGUGGGGAACGGUUUAGGUGUUUCUCAGGUCAGUGCAUCAGCAAGUCGUUGGUUUGCAAUGGGGAUUCUGACUGUGAGGAAGAUGGGGCUGAUGAGGACAGAUGUGAGUCCUCGGAAAGCAAACCCUCCUGUGACAUUGAUAAACCUCCUCCCAACGUAGAACUCACUGGCAACGGCUACAACGCGCUUACCGGCCAGUUUAGGAACAGAGUCCUCAACACCAAAAGUUUCGGUGGCCAGUGCAGGAAAGUGUUCAGCGGGGAUGGAAAAGAUUUCUACAGACUAAGUGGAAAUAUCCUCUCUUAUACAUUUCAGGUCAAAGUAAAUAAUGAUUUCAACUUUGAGUUUUACAAUAGUAGUUGGUCUUACGUAAAGCACACAUCCACAGAACGCAAGUCCUCGCAUUCCAGCAGGUUCUUCUUUUUCUUCUCGUCAUCAUCUGACAAACACAGCCGUGCUUCAGACGUCAAGAAAACCCACAUGGAAAAGAGUUAUCAAUUGUUUGUUGUUCAGAACAGCGUUGAAGUGGCCCAGUUCAUUAAUAAUAAUCCUGAGUUUUUACAACUUGCUGAGCCAUUCUGGAAGGAACUCUCCCAUCUUCCCGCUGUGUAUGACUACAGUGCCUACCGACGGUUAAUUGACCAGUAUGGGACACAUUAUCUGCAUUCCGGAUCCUUAGGAGGAGAAUACAGAGUUCUGUUUUAUAUGGAUUCAGAAAAUAACAAACAUAGUGGUUCUGGGUCAGCCCAGGAGAAGGCAUGUUCUUCUUCAGAUUUUCGGCUUUAUUUUUAUGUGUCAGCAGAUCGGAGAUGCAAGGAACUGGAGAAUGCUUUGAAAUCAACUUCAGGAGACCAGAGAAGGGUGCUUCGAGGAGACCCUUUUGUCAGAGGUGGAGCUUCUAGCUUUGUAUCUGGCCUUAGUUACCUGGAGCUGGAUAAUCCCACUGGAAACAAAGAGCGGUAUACUUCCUGGGCCAACUCUGUAACCAGCCUUCCCCAAGUCAUAAAACAAAAGCUGAUGCCACUGUAUGAGCUGGUCAAGGAAGUGCCCUGUGCCUCUGUGAAAAAACUGUACCUGAAGAGGGCUCUUGAGGAGUACCUGGAUGAAUUUGAUCCCUGCCAUUGCCGGCCUUGCCAGAACGGUGGCCUCGCUCUUGUUGUUGGGACACAGUGCCAGUGUUACUGCAAACCGUACACAUUUGGCAUGGCAUGUGAGCAAGGAGUCCUUGUUGGCGAUCAAGCAGGAGGGGUUGAUGGAGGUUGGAGUUGUUGGUCCUCCUGGAGCCCCUGUGCUCAAGGGAAGAAAUCAAGGAGUCGAGAAUGCAACAAUCCCCUUCCUAGUGCAGGUGGGAAGGCCUGUAUUGGAGAAACAACUGAAAGCAGGCAAUGUGAAGACCAGGACUUGGAGAACUUGCGAUUGCUCGAGCCACAUUGCUUUGAUUUGUCUUUGGCUCCAAAAGGAUUCUGCCCAUCACCCCCUGCCUUAAAAGAUGGAUUUGUUCAAGGUGAAGGUACAGUGUUUCCUGUUGGGAAAAACAUACUAUAUGCUUGCAAUGAAGGGUAUUCUCUUAUUGGAGAUCCCGUUGCCAGAUGUGGAGAAGAUUUACAGUGGCUUGUUGGAGAAAUGCAUUGUCAGAAAAUUGCCUGUUUUCUGCCUGUGCUGAUGAAUGGCAUGCAGAGUCACCCCCAGAAACCUUUUUACAUGGUUGGGGAGAAGGUGACCCUUUCCUGUGCGGGUGGCAUGUCCUUAGAAGGUCCUUCAACAUUCCUUUGUGGCUCCAGCCUUAAAUGGAGUCCUGAGCUGAAGAACGCCCAGUGUGUGCAGAAAGUCACCACCACUCUACCACCAGCAGCUCCUCUCUGUCGGCCCUGGGAGAAACUGCAGAACUCAAAAUGCAUUUGUAAGAUGCCCUACGAGUGCGGACCAUCCUUGGAUGUAUGUGCUCGAGAUGAGAGAAGCAAAAGGGUACUGUCCCUGACCAUCUGCAAGAUGCAUGUUCUCCGCUGUCAAGGAAGAACUUAUGGUCUCGCUGGCAAGGACAGCUGUACUCCCCCUGCCUCAGCCGAGAGAGCCUGCGGUGCGUGUCCACCGUGGAGCAAGUGCGAUGCUGAGAACAGCAAAUGUGUCUGCAGAGAAGCGUCGGAGUGCCAGGAACAAGGGUACAGCAUCUGUGUGGAAGUGAACGGCAAGGAAGAGACGAUGUCUGAGUGUGAGGCUGGCAUCUUAAGAUGCAGAGGGCAUAGCAUCUCCAUCACAGCCAUAAAGCCUUGUGCUGAAGAAGCCCAGUAGGGCCCAAGGGCCUUGGUCCUCUUCAUCAAAAUCUGGUGGGCAAUGGAUACAGAGUUAAAACGUCUGUAACUGGCCCUUUCCUCUCUUUCUUUCCAGUAUUUACUUUUUCUCUUCUGUUGUUUAGCCACCUGUGCAAACAAACCGUUUUUUUCCCCCAAACCCCAGUCCAGAUUUUCUCUCUUUACAAGUGAUGGUAUAAAGAACACUCACAAACCAUGGGCAUGAGCUAUUUAUGAGUUUUUGGAAAAUUGUGUUGGGCUUUGCUUUUUUUUUUUUUUUUUUUGUCUGUAAAAUUACAGGAUGGUGACUAGAGACAUUCAUCCCUAAGAAUGAAUGAUGUACUCCAUGGAUCAGUGUACCUUCCCUGAAUUGAUUAGGAAAACGGAAAGAACAUGAUUUUCAGGGAGGUUGACUUUCCUCAGUGAAAUCAAACACACACACACACACACACACACACACACACACACACACACACGCACACACAUGCGUGUACACACAUUGGAAGAAACGGACAGAUGCAAUGAUUUCCAUCCUGAGUGGUAAUGUCACGCUUCAGCCUACUAAGCCAACCUCACACGUGGGAUCCUUAUUUUUGUCAGAAGAUCGAGCGACUUAAAUGUCAGAGCAGAAUUCAUCAUGCUAUGGUCACAGGGCUCCGUCUGCCUUCUUGUCUGAGAACAAAUAUGAUUCAGUCUCUUGGGAGGUUUUCCUCAGUAUUCAUCAAAUACAAACUGUGAAAUGACUCUGCUUUGGAAAGAAGUGCCAGUUUAUGCUAGAGCUACUGAGUAAUUCAUAUUUGAGAAUAAUCUUCCCUAGCGAGAUUUGUCCCUGGAUUUAUCAAAAAACACACAAUUUAAAACAUUAGCAUUAGGUUUAUUGCUUAUUCAUUUUCCAUCUAAGACAACAACAACAAAGAAUCCAGCUGUGGAAGAUGAAAUAUUCGGGCUUAAGCAGAGUUUAGACUAUGUAUACACACACACACACACACACACACACAUGUAUAUAUAUAUAUACUGAUAGAUACAUUUCAAAAAAACCUGAAGUUGCUAAGGAGUAGAAAACACAUUCAAGAUCCUGCUAUUUAGAUUUCUUUGAAGUGUGUAGUGUUUGCUGUGACUGAUCUAGGUUUAGCUUUUUAUAUGAGAAUUUUCCUCGAGGGUUGAUGCAAAUGUAAUGUAUGGAACUUACGCGGAGGUGGGUCUCACUUAUUGAAAACCAUCACACUUAAACAUAUUGAUAUGUUUAAUAAACAUAAACUGCACUGAACAUGAA